UUUUGUCUUGUUUUGGAUGGCAGGUGACAGCCGGCAAGCGGCGAGUGAAAUCCAUCAUUUAUUCGCUUUGAUAUUUUCAGCGUUAUUAUAGUCUGCCUCGGAAGUCACAGUUACCUCCGCUGCGCUAAUCAUGAGAGUUGUAGAUUCUCCAUCAACGAUGAGGCGUCCGGCCUGGAUGAGAUGCCGCUGAUGAUGUCCGACGAGGCCUUUGAGAACGACGAAAGCGACUACGAAACGCUGCCGCGGGCCCGAGUCAGUCUCAGACGGCGAGGCCUCAGGUGGUUCCUCUUCGGCGGGUGGAGAGUCCUCUGUGAAAGCUGCUGCGAUUGCCUUGUCCGAAUGUGUCGGCGGAAGAAGGAGCUGAAGGCUCGCACCGUCUGGCUCGGCCACCCGGAGAAGUGCGAGGAGAAGUUCCCAAAAAACUCUAUCCGCAACCAGAAGUACAACUUCUUCACCUUUGUGCCUGGGGUUCUCUACCAGCAGUUCAAGUUCUUCCUCAAUCUCUACUUCCUGGUGGUGGCCUGCUCGCAGUUUGUGCCCUCGCUGAAGAUCGGAUACUUGUACACGUACUGGGCGCCCUUGGGCUUCGUGCUGGCCCUCACCAUGGCGCGCGAGGCGGUGGACGAGGUGCGGCGCCACCAGCGGGACAAGGAGAUGAACUCGCAGCUGUACACCAAGCUGACGCCGCGCGGUAAAGUCCAGGUGAAGAGCUCAGACAUCCGAGUGGGCGACUUGAUUAUCGCCGAGAAGAACCAAAGGAUUCCCGCAGACAUGAUCUUUCUGAGGACGUCUGAGAAGAACGGGACGUGCUUCAUCAGGACCGACCAGCUGGACGGCGAGACAGAUUGGAAGCUGAAAGUGGCUGUGGGAUGCACACAGCGCCUUCCGGCAGUGGGGGACCUCUUCUCCAUCAAUGCCUUUGUCUACGCCCAGAAGCCUGAGCUGGACAUCCACAGUUUUGAAGGAAACUUCACACGGGAGGACGCUGACCCCCAGGUCCACGAGAGCCUGAGCAUCGAAAACACACUGUGGGCCAGCACGGUCGUCGCCUCGGGCACUGUGAUCGGGGUGGUUAUCUACACCGGCAAGGAGACCCGCAGUGUACUCAAUACGUCCGAAGCCAAAAACAAGGUGGGCCUACUGGACUUGGAACUGAACCGACUCACCAAGGCCCUGUUCUUCGCCCAACUAGUUCUGUCCAUUGUCAUGGAAGCCCUGCUCGGCUUUGUGGGCCUGUGGUUCCGCAACCUGUUCCGCUUUGUUGUGCUCUUCUCUUAUAUCAUCCCCAUAAGCCUACGAGUGAACCUGGACAUGGGCAAGGCCGCCUACGGCUGGAUGAUCAUGAAGGAUGAGAACAUUCCCGGCACGGUGGUGAGGACCAGCACCAUCCCGGAAGAACUGGGCCGGCUGGUCUACCUGCUGACGGACAAAACAGGCACUUUGACACAAAACGAGAUGAUCUUCAAGCGGCUGCACCUGGGAACCGUGUCCUACGGUACCGACACUAUGGACGAAAUCCAAAGCCAUGUCAUCCAGUCCUACGCUCAGGGCCCCUCCAGUGGCAGCGCCGGCGGCUCCGCCGCAGCGUCCCAGAAAUCCCAGACGCCGGGCCCCAAAGUCCGCAAGAGCGUCAGCAGCCGCAUCCACGAGGCGGUGAAGGCCAUCGCUCUGUGCCACAACGUCACGCCCGUCUACGAGGCGUGUGGCGAGACCGAGACGGCGGAGGCCGACCAGGACUUCAGCGACGACAACCGCACGUACCAGGCCUCCAGUCCUGAUGAGGUGGCGCUGGUGCAGUGGACUCAGAGUGUGGGCCUGACCCUCGUGAACCGAGACCUGGCCUCCCUGCAGCUCAAGACGCCUGCCGGGCAGAUCCUGUCCUUCAGCAUCCUGCAGAUCUUCCCCUUCACCUCCGAGAGCAAGCGCAUGGGUAUCAUCGUCAGGGAGGAGUCAACGGGUGACAUCACAUUCUACAUGAAGGGUGCUGACGUGGCCAUGGCGAGCAUCGUCCAGUACAACGACUGGCUGGAGGAGGAGUGUGGCAACAUGGCCCGAGAAGGUCUGAGAACGUUGGUGGUGGCCAAGAAGUCGCUGUCCGAGGAGCAGUACCAGGACUUUGAGAGCCGCUACAACCAGGCCAAACUGAGCAUCCACGACCGGACCCUUAAAGUAGCAGCGGUGGUGGAGAGCCUGGAGCGGGAGAUGGAGCUCCUCUGUCUGACCGGCGUGGAGGACCAGCUGCAGGCUGAUGUUAGGCCCACGCUGGAGCUGCUCAGGAACGCCGGCAUCAAGAUCUGGAUGUUGACCGGGGACAAGCUGGAAACUGCCACGUGCAUCGCCAAAAGCUCUCAUUUGGUCUCUAGAAACCAGGACAUCCAUCUUUUCCGACCGGUGACAAACCGAGGGGAGGCCCACCUUGAGCUCAACGCCUUCCGCAGGAAGUACGACUGCGCACUGGUCAUCUCGGGCGACUCCCUGGAGGUGUGCCUGCGCUACUACGAGCACGAGUUUGUGGAGCUGGCGUGCCAGUGUCCCGCCGUGGUGUGCUGUCGCUGCUCGCCAACGCAGAAGGCCCAGAUUGUCACGCUGCUCCAGCAGCACACCGCCAGUAGGACCUGUGCCAUUGGUGACGGCGGAAAUGACGUAAGCAUGAUCCAGGCUGCCAACUGUGGGAUUGGAAUCGAAGGAAAGGAAGGCAAGCAGGCGUCGCUGGCGGCCGAUUUCUCCAUCACGCAGUUCAAACACAUCGGCCGCCUCCUCAUGGUGCACGGCAGGAAUAGCUACAAGCGCUCAGCAGCCCUCGGGCAGUUUGUCAUGCACCGGGGAAUGAUCAUCUCCGCCAUGCAGGCUGUCUUCUCCUCCAUAUUCUAUUUUGCUUCUGUUCCCUUGUAUCAAGGAUUCCUCAUGGUUGGUUACGCCACCAUCUACACCAUGUUCCCGGUGUUCUCACUGGUCCUGGAUCAGGACGUGAAGCCGGAGAUGGCGCUGCUCUACCCGGAGCUCUACAAGGACUUGACCAAGGGCCGCUCGCUUUCCUUCAAGACCUUCCUGAUCUGGGUUUUGGUUAGCGUGUAUCAAGGGGGCAUCCUGAUGUACGGUGCCUUGGUGCUGUUCGAGUCGGAGUUUGUGCACGUGGUGGCCAUCUCGUUCACGGCGCUCAUCUUGACCGAGCUGCUCAUGGUGGCGCUGACGGUGCGCAUGUGGCACUGGCUCAUGGUGGUGGCAGAGUUCCUCAGCCUGGGCUGCUACUUGGCCUCGCUCGCCUUCCUCAACGAGUACUUCGACUUGAGGUUUAUCACCACGUGGCCUUUUAUUUGGAAGGUGUCGUCCAUCACACUGGUCAGCUGCCUGCCGCUUUACAUCAUUAAGUACCUCAAGCGGAAAUUCUCGCCAUCCAGCUACUCCAAACUGGCCUCCUGAGACACACACGGAAGCCAUCUUGUCAUCAACUCUCACACAUUUUUUUUUUCUUUUCACCGCUGCAACUCCUCACUGCUGGAUGUGGAGGUCAGUAAUGAUGUUUUUAUUUUUUUUUGAUUGAUAUCUCUUGAGACUUUUUGUGAUUACUUGAAUGGAACGAGCACAAAACAAUUAAAAAUGGUCUUUUCACACAUUAAAAUGGCCGCCGAGAGGGAGUGCACAUUUCAAAGGUCCUAAAGUGUAAUUUGUAGACUUUUGGUUUACAUUUUUUAGGUGUUAAUUUUACUCUGUGCACUUAGGGAUGUCUGGAAUGAGUUUUAUCAUUUACGGCAUCCCUGUUUGCAUCUCUGCCCGCACAUAUUGUAUUUAAAGUGUUUAAAAAAACAAGACAAGAAAAACGUACCACGCAAUAUGUAGAGAAGGACGAAUGAAAAGUGGUGGUGUUUUUUUUUUUUAAGCUUUCCCUAAAGUUUAUAUCUCUGCUGUCGUUUCAGAAUAUAGAAUUUUUAUUUUUAAGUCCAGCACUGCAAAUUCAAACCGUGUCGCUGCUAAAUAUGGUGUUUAAUUUUCCAUUUGAGAUUACAGUAAAAAUUUACAUGCUGAAAACAUUCCUGGUUUUGAAAUUCUCCCUGCAGUGUCGCCAUUUGGCCACUAGAUGGAGAACAAACACCAAAUAUUUGACAAGACAACAGAGCCUUCAUUUUGUUGUCCAAAUUGAGCAGGAAUAUAAUUAUAAAGGGGGAAAUAACUCUUAUUGCCAUAUGAGGGCUCAAGAAUACACUUGAACAUACUUUUUUUUCCCUGUAUGUUGACUUCCAAAUUCUAGCUGUCACACUAACUUUUACAGGCUGCAUUCCAAGGACCAGACUUUCUAAAUCUUUCGCCAAAGUGAUAUUGAAGCCAAUAUAUAAAGUGUAAACGAGCCACUUGCCCUGGAUAUUGUAAACAUGCUGCAUACAGUAUAAAAAAAUACAUGUAAUUCAGCCACACAGGCAGUUCAUUUAUGAUGUGAAGUCAUCUUUAGUAGACAUGUCUGGUACGUGAUGUCAUCUUUACCGGAUGUCUCAAUGAAAUGAAGUGAAAGAAAAGUUCCCUCAGUUCCCAAUAAUUCCACCACCUCCCGCAUCACUCCUUUGUUGAUAUAAAAUGAUUUUAAAGAAUGAGCCCCUAAACGUUGGAUCAUAUUUUUAUUUGCAUAAACACUGCCGUGGGACGUCGUCUUUUGCAUGUGUCACUUGAUGCUUUGUGCGCAUACGUGUCCCAUCACACACGUGUUCAGUUACUAUUAGUGGACGCAUUUGUUUUUGUAAUGCGAAAGAGAACAUAAAAAGAGCAGAUUGUUAGAUAGUCUGUGUACUGUGUUCCUGCAUUCCUUUGUGUUUAAAUAUCCGUUGCUUAAAGAAGUGUAACGCCGUCAUUGAUGCUACUUUUCUUAGCGCUCCAAUGCGGUUUUGCAUUGUAUAUUAGCAUUCAGCUAGAAACAUCCGCUUGUGACGUGGUGUUGGGUUAAAUAUACAAUGUGUGUAAUUCUCAUUUCAUGUUUUAUUUUAUGUUUGGGAGCUUCUGGCAACAAACUAACUUCAGCCGUGGCGAGCUGAUGCCACAUAUUCGUUAGCUAGCAGUAUUUAAAAAAAACAAACAAAAAUGUCAGAGACAAACAUUUCCAGACUUUCCUCCAAGGCAAGAAACUUCCCUCUUUCAAUCUAAACCAAAAAUAUUUGCUUUACGUGAAGCUAACACUGCCGUAAUUACAGGUUUCGCCUGUAUACGCAUGCGUAAAAAGUGGGGGGAAAAAAAAGAUGUGCUUAGCAUGUAAUCCAAAGCAGCCAUGGGGCAAACAAUGUGUAGCGCAAUGUGUUAUCAAUUUGUGCAGAAAGAGGAGAAGUAGUUUGCAGAUGGAUGCGGAUGAACGUGAUGGUCCGAUGGCUUUUACCGCUUUGCGCUGACGUUUGUGACUUUGUGGCAUGAGGAGUUAAACCGUUCCUGAUUUUGGGACUUUCUUCAUGCUAAACCAUUAGCCUGCUAGCGACAGACCGCCUUGACACACACACACACACACACACACACACCACGCACUCCAUUUCACGCAGCCCACAAUUGGGAUGUAAAAUUCACUGACACAGCACAACUGCAGAUGCAUGGAACAUCUGUUGAUUUUUUUUUUUCUCUCCCCUUCUGCUGCAUGCGCUAGGAUGAUUUUUUUUUUCUCUCAGCCAAAAAUGGAGAGCUGCCAUUAUGCUAUUAUCCUAUCUGGUUACUAAGCAGCAGCUAAAGUGGCCGCGCCGACCAAAAAGCGUACGCCGUCCGUCUUGGGCGCUCGCUAUGAAUACUAAGAAGAAGAAGAAGAAGAAAA